AUGAACUCCCAGGUCCACCAGAACUAUGACACCAAGAGCGAAGCUGGGGUGAACAGCUUGGUCAACCAGUUCUUCCGCGCCAGCUACACCUAUCUGUCCCUGGGUUACUAUUUCACCCGGGACGAUGUGGCUCUAUCCAAGUUUGCAUCCUUUUUCCGGCAUUUGUCUGAGGAGAAACACAAACAAGCUGAGAAACUCCUGACCCUCCAAAACCGUCGUGGAGGGAGAGUCUUUCUCCAGGAUGUUAAAAAACCGGAGCAGGAUGAAUGGGAGAAGAAUGUGAACCAGGCUCUGCUGGAUCUGCACAAGAUCGCUUCUCACCACGUGGAUCCUCACAUGUGUGACUUCCUGGAGACUCAAUACCUUGACGAGGAGGUGAAGCUGAUCAAGAAGCUGGGUGAUCACCUGACCUACCUGAAGCGGGUGCGUGCCAGCGAGGACGGCCUGGGCGAGUACCUCUUCGAUCGCCUCACCUUGGGCGAGUCCAGCGACUGAGCUGCAGAGUGCUGGAUCCCUCCAGAGUCCUCCCACCAACCUGUCCAGCUGUGUUGCUCUAAUUUGUCAUGUGCCUAUGUUUAAAAAAAAGUUUGGCUGUUCAGUGAAUGAGGCAUGCCUCUACCCUGCACAUCUUGGGGAGGAGAGUCUGUAACUGGCAUUAAAUAAAACUUGCCAUUAAGCACUACA